AUGGUGGCGGAGGAGGUAGUGAUUACACUGUCCGGUGGAGCACCAUGGGGCUUUCGUCUUCAGGGAGGCGUGGAACAUCAGAAACCACUCCAGGUGGCUAAGGUGCGUAAACGCAGUAAGGCCUGCAGGGCUGGACUGCGGGAGGCUGAUGAGCUGGUGUCCAUUAACGAGCAGCCAUGUGGAACCCUCUCCCACGCCCAGGCCAUGAACCUCAUUGACAGCUCCCCAGGCAUACUUCACAUCCGGGUCAAAAGAGCACCUGCUGGCUUUCAGUCUGUGGUACUUUUGACCCGUGCCCCGUCACCCCGUAUUGACAAAGAGUACCGUGCAGCUCUGCGUGCCAUGUCACCCUCCCGCCCACUCCAUGCGCCAGUUCGAGAGGUCCACUGUAGCCGCUCCUCCCUGGCGAGUGGAUUGACAUCUCCACCAGGGAGUGAGGCUUACUAUGGAGAGACUGAUAGUGAUGCAGAUGUGGCAGGCUAUGAGAGGCAGCGCCGACAGAAACGCCGCAGCCCGAGCAACUCCACCCCUGGGAAACCAUCAGGACGUACAUCUCCAGAGGGCGGGGAGACAUCAGAGAUGAGCGGCUAUGACAGUGCUCCUGACACGAGAGCUUACCCAAACUUGUUAGAUGGACGUGAGGCAGCAGGAGGUGGAGGAGAGGGACUCCCAGGGGUGGCUCGGAGGGAGGUGAUCUACCAGCCUACAGGAAUGUGGUCCUCCCAGACAUCCACUGAGACCUCCUCCAUCAUCUCCUCAGCUGAUGACCAGGGGCCACGGGACAGUGUACAAGAGGAGGACAGUGGCUUCCUGGAGCCACCUAGUGUACCACUGGUAUCCCCUGAGAGGGCCAAGGAGGCCUUGAUGCUGGGUUCUCGAAGCCAACUGGUGCCCAUGGUGGGACCUGUGGACAAACCCGUCGAUGAGGAGCUCACUACAACCUACAUGGAAAAAGCCAAGCAGGCCAAGCUGAACCGAGGGGAAACACUGCAGGACAAACAUGUCAAGGAAGCCAAAACCAAAUGUCGAACAAUUGCAUCCCUUCUUACUGAUGCUCCCAAUCCUCACUCAAAGGGUGUACUAAUGUUCAAGAAGCGCCGACAGCGUUCCAAGAAGUACACCCUCACCAGCUUUGGUAGUGUAGAUGAGGACAUGUGUCGAGACUCACAGGAAGAGGAUGGGGUGCUCCCUGGCAGUGAAUCAGAGUUUGAUGAGGAUGGCUUCUCAGCCGUCCCUGAUCCAACUUGGGACAGUGAUUAUUUGGAUAUGCUUGAGAAGAGGGCGACAGCAAGCACAGAAAAUCGUAGGGAUGGGGCAGAGGAUGCUCCCAGUCCAGGGUUGAGUGACACCACAGGCAAGGGUGCUCAGCUGUUUGAGCAACAGCGAAAGAGGGCUGCUGAGCAUGCUAAGAAAGUGGAAGCAGCACAGACUCAAGCACCUCCUCAGUCUCAAAUCCUGGAACAGCAUCAAAUGUAUCAGCAGAGUCAAUUGCAUGCAGAGAUACAACCACAGAUACAACCAAACCUCCAGGCUCAGCAUGUGAUGCCACCAACGCCGACAGCCAUACAGCAAGAGACCCACCCUAUGCCCCCACAAGCCCCAGUCCCAGUUGCUGCCCCAGCCCACAGCAUGGCUAAUGUGGACCCAUCCUUUUCAGCGGUUAGCACGGCUGUCAUGGUGAUGUCACCUCCACCUGUGGCACCCAAACCAACCACUGCUUCAGUAACUGUCCUGACCAGUCCUGCACCACCAGCUGAAACACCAGUACCAGAACUACCCUCUAGCAAUGUUCUCAACAGAACUGCACGUCCUUUUGCACCAGGGUUCAUCAGCAACCGAGCAUCAACUGCCCCUGUAGUGUUCCGUCCACCUGUGACAAAGAAGAGCCAGCGCCCUGCGUCAGUGGCUGUUGUGCCACCACCAUUCUCCACCACCUCAGAGCUAGUUAAUAAUGUUUCAUCAGUGACUUCACAGCCUCCCACAAGUCCUCCGUCAAUGUUGUAUCCACCAUCCAUGGUACAUAAAGGCCCUGUUGCUCCCACACCGGCAGCCCCUGUUGCUCCUCUGCCUCUAUCCCUCCCUACCUCUGUAGAGACUGUGCAGGCAGCCCCACCAAUGACAACUGCUCCUCAGGUACCAAUUACAGCUGUGCCCCCGUUGUCUAUGCCUUCAGUGCCCCCAGCUCCACAUGCACCAAUGGCUGCAGUGCCUGUUGCUCCUAUGCCCCAAGCUCUAGUCUCUGUUGCUCCUGUUCUGCCUGCCCCAGUUGCCCCUGUGCCUCAAAUUCUGGUACCAGUAGCUCAGCCACCCCCAGCUCAAGUCUCUAGUGCACCACUAGCUCCAGUGUCAGUGGUCUCCCAGCCAGAAGUUGCAGCCCCUACUCCUGUCCCUGGGCCAACAGGUCGCACUGGUAUCUUACUUGAUGCUCGACGACGUGGUGGCAAACCCAGGCCCAUGUUCAAUGUGCCAGAUGCCAAGAAGAACUCCCCCAAUCCUGAGCUCUUGUCCAUGGUGCAGAACCUGGAUGACAGAUAUACCCGACACAGACAAGGCAACUUGCCCUCUGAGGCUUACUAUGGUGGUGUAGAGGAAGAGCAAGGUGGUGAGGCUGGCAGGGGCAAAAUUCCUCCCCCAGUGGCACCCAAACCACGGCUCAUCCAUGAGACACCCCAGAUUUCUCAAGCAGAGGGCAAGGGUGCUGAGCUUUUUGCCCGCAGGCAGAGCCGCAUGGAUAGAUAUGUGGUGGACACCCCACUUGAGACCCCCUACCAGCAGGAGGCCUUGCGCCAUUCAGCCCAACCCCAAGACUCCUCCCUCAACCCUUCCCUCCCAUCUCAGUGGAAGUACUCCCCCAACAUCCGUGCACCUCCACCAAUUGGGUACAACCCACUCCUUUCCCCCUCUGUCCCCAUUGGGCCUCAAAGAGAUAUAGGCAAGGCUGAUGGCAGGGGUAGAGGAGGAACGAGCACCCAGAAAGAGGGCAUCAAAGCACUGGAUUUCAUGAGAAGGCAGCCCUACCAGCUCAAUUCUGCCAUGUUCAACUAUGGGGGCAGUGCCACUAAUUUGUCAACCAUGCCCUCUUACCAGGCCCAGAGGCAGCAGCAGGGUGGCUAUACAACAAUGAUGGGCAGCUCGUUAACCCCACCUAAGCAGAUCCCCAUCAAAGCAGGCCGUGUGUACGAGAUCAAACGAUUCUCCACACCCACACCAAUGUCAGCCCCAACUCUGGCACCCAAAGUCAUUGCACCACGCUCAGCCACCACCCUGGGAGAACGCUUAAACCACUCUGACAUGUCUUCCCCACCUCUUGCUGGUCUCUCUCCUCCCCUUGCCCCUUUUUCAGCCCCUGCUUCUGCUCCUGCACCAACUCCCGCCUUACCUCCUUCCCAUCCGGCUGGUCUGCCCAGCCUCCCAAAAAUCUCUGCCACCCCUAUUCCCAACUCUGUGCCCAAUGCACACCCCAUGCCCUAUACUCCAGUGUCAUACACCACUGGUCUCCAGGGAGCCAAGCAGUUCCAGAGUGCACCUGAGCUGAGUCUUCUUGCUUCUUUACCACCACUGAAGCAGAACCAUGUUCAGGUGCCCAAGCCUCGCUUUGUCGCCACUAAAGGGGGAAUCCAACCCCGUGUCUGGAGGCCUGGGGCAUUGUAAAGAGGAAUCUGCCCAUCACUUUCAGAUUUAAUUUUCAUCUACCAAUCAUUAGCACCCCAAAUUAAGAAAAAAAUAUAAGUAGUGAAUUGGGUGAUUGGAUGAAAGGUUGAUAAAGCGAUACAAUAUUCAUUUAAUACCCCAAGAAAAAUCAACUUUUGU